GUUGCAAUUAUAAUUUAGCACCAUACCGGUUAGGUGUAUUUUCUGAUCUGGCUGACGGACUUAAUCUAGACGCGACUGUGCAUGGAUCAGCUAGAGCUCCUGGACUUGCAGCAACAGCACCAUCACCUCCAACAGCAGCAACACCUUCAUCAACAGCAGCAGCAGGGCGGGGCACAACAUUUCAUGACUGAGAUCGACAAGAAGCCGGUCAUCCUAGUGGUCCCUAGCAUCCCUGGACCGUCGUCAUCGUCCUCGUCAACGUACUCGUCCAAGAUGGCAGCGACUCCUAUGAACGUGUCCUCUGCGGGGGCCGGGGGACGCAUCAUGAGCGGCGGGCAGGCCAUGCAUAUGGGAGGAGGGGGCAGCAGCAGUGGAGGAGGAGGGGGUAAUCCUCAGAUGAUCCAAGCCCAGGAGAUGCCCACGAACCUGAUGGUCAAGCAGGGUCAUUCGUCUUCGGCUCAACCAGCAUAUGCUGGAGGUAGGACUCAUGUGCAUGCGUCCAAAAGCAAAGGCAGUACAAGAACAGAUAGAAGGCCUUUUUUCAGUGGAACCCUCAAUGCAGCAGCAGUGAUCCAGCAGCUUCAACAGCAGAGGCCUUCAGCACCGCAGAGCAAGUAUGCCGAGCUGCUAGCAGUCAUUGAGGACAUGGGCAGGGAUAUCAGACCUACGUAUGCCGGCAGCAGAACAGCCACGGAGAGGUUAAGACGAGGUAUCACACAUGCUAAGGCCCUUGUCAGAGAGUGUUUAGCCGAGACUGAACGCAGUGCAAGAACAUGAUUAUCCGCCCGUGAGAACAUUCCAUGCCAACUUGACUCAAAACACACUCAAGAGUCAGAGCUGACCAAGGUUAAACCUUAUCCUGCAUGCUAUAUGAACUGGUGCUGUAUGAACAUGUAAUAUCGUCUAGAAAACCCCACUUAGCUAAGUAUGUGGGACCAACCCAAACAUAGUGUUGGAUGAAAUAAGGCAAUUGAUAUGCUGAAGGUGGAUGUAUUUUUAUACCAAGGUUUGUUACUUUAUGUUCUGCUGUAAAUGAAAUGCUAAAUUGUUUUCUAUGUUUAACAUUAAGAAAGUCAGCAUUUCAGUUCAUUUAGCAAAGUUGCAAAGUUGCCUUCUUCUGACGUAAUAAAGUAUUGACAUUUUUGAGUGACAGUUGUCUUGUUUCCAAUGUAUAGGAAUUUUCCAACAGAUGAACUGACAUUUCUAAGGUAUUGAAUUGCCUGUAACAAUUUCUUAAAAGUUUAACAGUUUGAAAAAUACCCCCCUCCCACCCCAUGAAUGAAUCAUGAAUGAAUCAUUCAAGGUGUAAUGAUACAUUUUGGAUUAAUUCUGUUGUAAAAUAUACAUGAAAAUGUUAAUCAUGCAACCUAGACCCCAAUUGACCUUUGAAUAAAUCUCUUGGGAUUCUAGCCCUGCUCAAACAAUGUGUCUGAAUGUUACACUUUCUUGGCAAGAAUGGUGUAGAUAAACCUUGAUGUAAUUGUUUCUGGGGAAAAAUGUUCAACGCAAGAGUUUUACUGGAAAGGAAAAAUAUUGCAUUGAAGAGCAAUAUGCUUGUGCAUGUAACUCCUUAUGUGGUUUGACUUGUUUUGUAAUGAGCUGUACUUUCUGGUAUGCCAGUCAAUUGCCUGCAGACAUUAAGUACAGGAGAUAAUUGGUAUGUCAGUGAAGCUACAGACAUGUUGAAAUGUGGAGCGAUUGUCCAUUUUGAGUUCAAGCCAAGAUGCUUGCGAAAAGCUGGUCGACUUGUUAGGACCGAACACUGACACACUAUUGGCAAAGUCCCACAUAUCCAGGCCCCCCAGGUGUUUAUGGAGCCUUGCCAGUCAACGCUUUAAUUGCAACAUUUAAUGUCCAUUCCUGGGAAGAAAAUGAGUAGCAGGAUGCUAUGCAUCAAAAUUCUUUAACACAAUUAUUGGAAUUUCUCUGUCUGUGGAUCUUAAACUUAAAGGAAUGGGAUGAACAGAGUUAAAGAGGGUUCAGUUCCAAGAAGAAAAGAUAGUCUCUUGAGAGCCAGAAAGGCAUUAACUCUGUUUUAAAAUAUAUAAAUUAAUGCCCUUCUGGCUCUCAGCAGAUGAAUUGUUUGAAAAGAUUCUGUCCUUUGAAAGGUUGUGGCAUAUUCGGAUGCAUGUUCAUGUAUAUAAAAUUGCAGGCAUGAGUGCACACCUUGUUCUUUGAGAGAAAUUAAUCUACAGAACGGUGCUGAUGAUCACCAUAAUUGUUGUUAAUAGAUCAGACACCUUCUUAUCAGCUUCCUUUCAUUGUUUUCAGUUUUCACCCUUUUGUAAUAUAUUUUCUACUUUCCUUGACAAAUCCAAAGUACAUUUCUAUAUUCUGCAUUUAUUAUACCAUUUUCCCUUUGAAUCCCAUCAUCAGCUUCUCUUUCUGUUUUACUUUUUCAUAAAAUGUACUAUUUUAAACAGGUGUCGAGAGUAGGCAUGUUAUGGCCAAAUCCACUUGUUAUUCUUCAUGAUGCCAAGUUCAUAUUUCAUGCAGAAUUUUUUUAGGCCUUGUGCCUGGAAUUUCAUUUCCCAGCUCCUGUAAGUUUGUCCCCCCCCCCCCCCCCCCCUUACAGUCCAUAGGAUUUCUUUUUUUAUUGAAAUUGAAUAAUUUGUCUUUUUUUAAAUGUUGUAAUGUAUUUAUUGACGUAUAGUGGCGUAUAGUGACAAUUUCUUAGGACAGUAAUGCUUUAUAGUAAAUCAUUUUCUAGUAAAACAUGUUUGGGAGGAGUAAUUUCAUAAUCGUUAGGUUAUAUAGAAUGUAGCAUUUCUUUUCUGGUUGAAUUGUUUCAUUGGAUGACUUCAAACCAUUGGAUUAUAGUGGGUAGCAUUCAGAGAUUUAGCAUAGGUAAUUAGUUUAAUUUUAUGGAUGUAUCUGAUGGGAGAAAGGUUGAAUCAGAAAAGAAUAAGUACUACAAUUCAUAUUUUCCUUCCUUGCACAUAAAAUGUAAAAAUGGGGGACUUUCCUAUUUUGUUAAAAUUGAUAUUUGUUAUGUACAUAAAGCUGUAAUUUCUUGACAACUAAAUGUCAGUGUCUUUAUCAAUAUUUAUAUGUUUGUGAAAUGUACAGUAUUUCUUAAAAUAAAGUAGAUAAUCUCACACCACUCUCACACCGUGUCACAUGUGACUGCAUGCAUUAUUCCAUAGAACUUUGUGUGACUUGGUGUUAGGGUGUCUACUUUAUUUCAAGCAAUACUGUACAGUAUGUCCCUUGAGAUAUUAUUGAAAGAGGAGUUUAUGUUUAUGAGGAGUUUUCAUGUAUUCGUUGGUUAUGGAAUAGAAGAGAAUGUUGCAUUCUCAUGAACAGCAUGAAGGUGACUUUUAUAGAUGACUGAUCCAAUAUUCCAACACCCCUAGAGUGAUUUCACAAAUCCAUAAUUGUUAGCAAAUAACUUUUUUCACCCUCGUUUGUAAAUCAAAAGAUGCAAAACUUGUCUGCUAGUGUCCCCCCACCCCCCCCCCCUCCUCAUUAUCUAAAAUGCUCUAGCUGCAUGUAUGCCCCUUUGUUGCAGAACACACAAAUACAAGUAAUAGGACCUUGUAACUAUCAAGCCAGUGUCCUUGUGAUCUCACCACUCCCACAAGACAUUUUAUUUUGGUCAUAGAAAGUUGAAACGGCUCAUAACCUCUAAUAUAUGUACUCAGAUAUUGCAUUCAUGUGAGCUGGUAAUUCGAAUCAGUCCCGUAUUAGGUGGGAGAAUCCAGGAACAAUCCAAGGUGAUAAAGAUUAUAUCUAAUCCUUCAAACCUUUGUCUUUCAUGGAAUCCAAAUGUAAUUAUAUCAAUUGAUGUUGCAUUUCGGAGUAGUCGCAAUGCUGGAGAUUUGCUUCGUCAUCUGCACUUAUUCCAAAUCACUUAACAUCACAAGAAAUUCCCAGACCUGACACAUGCGCAAGAACUUUUAAUUUCCAGUGUUGCCAAAUCAGUUGAAUCGUCUGUUAACGAGAUUACUGGAUAGAAAAGAGAACCAAAUUAGUCACUAGUGAAUCUGUACAAAUCUUGAGGCUUGAGAAGUAAAUGUGUUUUGGCAUCCACCUGUUUGAGAAAGAACGGUACUAAACCUGAGUCAUGGGUUGUUCUUUUAUGUUCCAACACGUUCCAACCUUCUCUCCAUCUCUCCUUUCAUUAAUGGAUAAUCAAAGUCAUGCGGGUCUGAAAUCGUCCUUUCAUGAAUUUGAGAAUCGUUAUAGCUCAAGUUGGUAGUUAUUUCAAAGAGGACUAUUUUAAAGUGAAACCAAUCUCAAUAGUUUUGAAGAUGUUUGGUGAUCUUGAGUGUGAUAAGCAGGAAACUGGUUUUGUUUAAAUUUACUGAAUAUAUCCAAACUUGAUACAUUCUUAAUAAUAUAAAAAAAUCCUUCAAUAUCAUAACUCUUGCAAAAGAAAGGCCCUACACAGUCCAAACUAAUAUAUGCAAGAUGAAUUCCAUCCCUAGGAAUCUUACACAACAGGUGAAUGUUUUAAAUUCAUCAUCGGGGAUUCAAGGGAAAAGAAUUGGGCGCGAUUGAAUACAUAAAUAGCCUCUUAUCUCACUUUCAAAUAAUCACACAAUUAUCCAGUAUUUGAAUGACCCAACUCAAAUACUUUUUUGUUGGCUCGCCAUUACAUGCACAUGUGAAUAAUCCUCUUGAUAGAGAUUUUUUUUUUUUUUUGGGGGGGGGGGGGGAGGGAAGAGAAAAGAAAGUCUCUUCUGAACAAAAUGUAAUCUAUUAAGGGUUUCCUGCCUCGAGGGAGAUACGACAAACCUUGGUAAGUUGGCGCUUCCUCCCACCGAACCAAUUAAAUCGACAAUGGGUUUUGACAACUGUGGUGGAUCCAGACAAUAGGCGGCAUGAGAUGCCAUGUCAGAGGGGAGGUGGCAUGACUCUUCACUUUUUUUUUCUUCCCGCAAGACGAGUUUGAGGACUGUUUUUAAAAGGAUGCCCCUCAACUUUUUCAUUCUCUUUUGUGGCUUAUGAGAAGAAGGGGCUUUAAGGGUGGAAUUUCUUAUGUUCUUUUUGAGGUCUUCUUAUAAAAAAAACAUUUUCUCUUGUCGAAAUGCAAACUGAGAGAGGAAGAGGAGAGAAAGAUGGAAAGAAGAAGGAAUCAAGGAAGGAAAAAUAGAAAAGGGGAACAAAAAAGGAGAGAUGAUGAGAAGGGCAGAAAGAGAGAAAGGAAUGCUACACGUUUUUGUGGUCUGGCUUGUGUAGAGGCCUGGAUAAAUGUACUAAGGGGGUGAUCUUGGUAAGAUCAGGUAGUCAUCAUUUAUCAAUGUUACGAGAAAGCUCGCCAUAAAGAAUAUAAGUUGCAGCAAUUUGACAUCUCUUAUUUGAAUUUAAAUCUCCUUAUAAACAUAUUUUUGUAUAAUAUGUAAAUAUCAAUGUGCAUUCUUGUUUCAUGUGUAUUUUCUGGAUGAAUAAGUCCUUUGCUACUGUGUAAGCUCUGUAUAGUUGCUAUUAAAACAACAUUAAUAUUUGAUAGAAUA